UGAGGGAGGCAUUAAAAGCUGCAGGACGGCGGGUCUUAGAGGAAUCCUGCUUCAAUCUGCUGUUUCAUCACUGAUGAAUCAGAAAUGAUGAACAAUUAGAAACCUUCAGUCUCUGCUCAUAUUGUGAUCAGUGAGGUUACAUUAGAGGAGUCAUGCUCAGGGAUGAUUAAUUUUAAUUUUAAUAAUUCAUGUAGAUCAGUUAUGAUGAGGAUCCUGAAACUGGUUCCAGUUCAAAUUCACCAGAAAAACCAACAUAUUCUCUAAAAGCCACCAAAACCUGAACGGUAAAGUAGAUUUUAACCAAGAGCAACGUUCCUCCCUCUCAGCAGACCAACUGUGUCACCAUGGCGAAGGUAGCACCGCUAAUCCCUAGCAUCGUGCUGCAGGACAUGGAGGAGGAGGCGGAGCCAGGUGACGUCACAGAGGGGCUCAGGAGACCCCAAAGAGCCGGAGCUGGAGCUCUGUUCAACAUCAACAACAGCAACAACAACGAGGAAGAGGACGAGGAGGAGAAGAAGAGAAAGAAGAAAGAGAAGAAAGAGAAGAGGGAGAAAAGAGAGAAGGAAAAGCAGGAGAAAAAGGAGAGGAAGGAGCAGAAACAGAAGGAGAAGGAAGAGAAGGAGAAGGAGAAACAGAAAGAGAAGGAGAAGCUGGAGAAAGAGAAGAAGGCCAAGGAGGAGGCGGCGAGAGAGAUCACAGUGAUCGACCCAGCUGGGAACACGUACUACCACUGGCUCUUCAUCAUCACCAUCCCAGUCAUGUACAACUGGACCCUGAUCAUAGCCAGGGCUUGUUUUGAGGAGCUUCAGACCGACUACCUGAUCAUGUGGUUCGUUGUGGACUUUAUCUGUGACAUCAUUUAUAUCAUGGACAUGGUUUUCAGAACCAGAACAGGUUACCUGGAGCAAGGUUUACUGGUGAAAGACGAGCAGAAACUGCGUGAACGUUACAUGAAAACCUUCCAGUUCAAACUGGAUUUGGUCUCCAUGAUUCCCACUGACAUCCUGUACCUCAUUCUUGGUGUCACCUACCCUGAGAUCCGCCUCAACAAGCUUCUAAGGUUUAAUAGGAUGAUGGAGUUCUUCCAGCGCACUGAGACCAGAACCAAUUACCCCAAUGCUCUACGCAUCUCCAACCUUGUCAUGUACAUUCUCAUCAUCAUCCACUGGAAUGCCUGCCUCUACUACUCCUUCUCCAAAGCCAUCGGUUUUGGUUCUGACAGGUUCGUGUAUCCUGACCCGACGGAUCCUGAGUUUGGCCGUCUGGUGAGGAAGUAUGCCUACAGUAUGUACUGGUCCACGCUAACGCUCACCACCAUUGGAGAAACGCCGCCCCCUGUGGAGAACUCAGAGUACUUCUUUGUUGUGACGGACUUCCUGGUGGGUGUGCUGAUUUUUGCCACCAUUGUCGGUAACGUUGGCUCGAUGAUCACUAACAUGAACGCUGCCAGAGCCGACUUCCAGGCCCGGAUCGACGCCAUCAAGCAGUACAUGAGUUUCCGAAAGGUAACUAAAGACCUGGAAAAGCGAGUGAUUAAGUGGUUUGACUUCCUGUGGACCAAUAAGAAGGCUGUGGAUGAGCGAGAGGUUCUGAAGUACCUUCCUGACAAGCUAAGGGCUGAGAUCGCCAUCAACGUACAUCUGGACACCCUGAAGAAGGUCCGGAUCUUUGCGGACUGCGAGGCUGGUCUGUUGGUGGAGCUGGUGCUGAAGCUGCAGCCGCAGGUCUUCAGUCCAGGAGACUACAUCUGCAAGAAGGGUGAUAUCGGCAGGGAGAUGUACAUCAUCAAGGAAGGGAAGCUGGCUGUGGUUGCUGAUGAUGGGAUCACACAGUUUGUUGUUCUAAGUGAAGGAAGUUACUUCGGGGAGAUCAGUAUCCUGGCUAUCAAAGGUAGUAAGGCAGGAAACAGGAGGACAGCUAACAUCAGGAGCAUCGGGUACUCCGACCUCUUCUGUCUUUCCAAAGACGACCUGAUGGAGGCGCUGACAGAGUAUCCAGACGCUAAAGCUCUGCUGGAGGAGAAGGGACGGCAGAUUCUGAUGAAGGAUGGACUGCUGGAUCUGGAGUUGGCAGCCCAGGGCCCAGACCCCAAAGAGAUCGAGGACAAGGUGGACAGGAUGACGAGCAACCUGGACACGCUGCAGACCCAGUACGCCCGGCUGCUGGCAGAACACGAUGCGACUCACAGCAAACUCAAACACAGAGUCACCCGGCUGGAGAAGAAGCUGGCGCCGCCACGGGAGGACGCACCUGGUGAUGCUCCGCCCCCUCCCACACCUGAGACCACCAAAGAAGAAGAGAAGAAAUAAGAAGAUGGUGGAGGACAGAAGAACUUGAGUUUUAGUUUGAGGAUAAAAGGACUUGAAGGAGACGAGAAAUUAGAUGAAUCCAUGAAUUCAACAAGAUUCAAAUUAAAGUUAAUAAAUAUGUAAUUGUGGAUCCUUAGAUUUAAAGUCCUCUGAGUUAACGACUGUACAGUAUUAAUGCCCCGGUGCUGAGGAGCCCAGGGAACACGUCCUGUUGGAAAGGAGCGAAUCCUGAAGGACGCAGCUGUCCAGAGGAGAAGGUUUCACCUGCAUGUAGUGUUUCUUCCUCAUGUCUGAGACUAAUUACAACCCAAACUGUUGUAAUUACUAUGUAACAUGUGAAACAGUACAUUGGCUGCUAGCUUGUCUGAACGUAGUGCAGAAUCUUCACCCUGAGACCUGAAAGCCAGUCGGUCUGAGGUUCAUCCAGAACUGCCUGAGCGCUACAAACCCUCUAGAUUUAAGAACAUGAAUUCAACCUAUGUCCACUUUUUCCAGGCAUGCUUUAGUUUCCCGUUUAUCUGCUGCAGACCAGAACCAGAGACCUGUUCCUCCUGACCCAGGUGGAUUCAGAACCAGGUCUUCUGGGCUUUAACUGAUGCUUCCUAAUGAUGCAACAUGUGAUGGAGAAACUGUGCUGAAAUAAAUAUAUUUUAUAAGAAAGUUAA